AUGCACUCGUCGAGCUGUGCUCGUGCCUCCAUCAAGGCGGGCGCUACUACCAAGCCUUCAGAUGGCACUGCAACUUCUAAAGAAACUUCCCAAGGCCGAAAGAGCCCCGGAUCCCCACUGACUACCGAGAGCGCCGUUAGCACAGUGCCAACGAUGGUCCGGGGAGACUGGGUCCUCUUCCACCCUGUAUACUCACCAGCAGAGCUCAAAGCUGUCGAGGUCCUGCACCAAGAACCCAAGACCGUGGCGGAUAAAGCAGCCAAAGCCCUCGUAAUUAUUUCUCGAAAGCUUUUCGAUGUCUUCUCGCUGUACAAGGCCAAGCCGCUCCCUCCGAAUUACAAGGAACUUUCUGUGCAAUACUUGAGGGAUAAUGGGUACAUUUUGGAUGAGAAGGGGUGGCUUCGGCGUAUCUUGUUUUUGGAGACCAUUGCCGGCGUACCGGGUAUGGUGGCUGCUACCAUUCGACAUCUUCAAAGCCUGCGACUCAUGCGUCGUGAUAAUGGAUGGUAUGGGCUUAAUCAGCGUUUACGAGGGAUGGUCGGAGUACUAAAUGCUUGCUUUCAUAGGAUCCAUACGUGCCUCGAAGAGGCAGAGAAUGAACGGAUGCAUCUAAUGACUUUCAUGACACUUCGCCGACCCUCUCUACCCUUCCGAGCAAUCAUCUUAGCUGCACAGGGCGUCUUCUAUAACCUUUUCUUCCUAUCGUACAUCAUCUCUCCCAAGACCUGCCACCGCUUCGUCGGCUACCUCGAAGAAGAGGCAGUCUACACCUACACCAAAUGCAUAAACGAACUCGAAGCCGGCCUCAUACCCGAAUGGACCUCCAAGCCCGCCCCCGAAAUCUCAAUCGACUACUGGCGCCUAUCUCCUGACGCCAAAAUGCUCGACCUCCUCUACGCUGUGCGGUCAGACGAGACGACACAUCGGUUCGUCAACCAUAGCCUUGCGAAUCUCAAUCCGGAGACAGAUGUCAAUCCUUUUGCGCUGCGCGAACCGGAUAUGCAUACGAAGGGGAAGAAGAUAUCGUUCGAAAGGGAUGAAGCAGAGGCAUAUGUCAAGAACUCGCAUGACUUGAUUGAGAAGAAAUAG